UUCAUUGUUUUGAAGGGACAUGUAAGGGCGAGGAGAAGGGCGAGGAGUAGGGCGAAGCAGUGGCGAUGGAAUCGGCGGCUGAGGCAGCGAGGAACGCGAAGGAGACGCUGGAGCUGGCGUUCCAGAUGUCGAACAUCUUGGAGACGGGCCUUGACCGCCACACCCUCUCCCUCCUCAUCGCGCUCUGCGACCGCGGCGUCAACCCUGAGGCCCUCGCGGCCCUCGUCCGCGAACUCUCCCCCGCGCCGCGCGCUACGCCACCAGACCCCUCCACCACCACCAACUCCUCCUCCUCGUCUCGUCCGAAUACGGUCCACCAUUAGGUGGGUCCUCUUGCCUCCACCCCGAGCAGGUCUAGAAGCUUGCAGCAUUGUUUCUUCCAUCUGAGACUGAGGAUUCUGUCACAAAUUUGUUACCAUGAAGAGAUUUGAGAAAAAGGAAGGUCUUAAAAAAUUUAAGGUCAUCUUUGUGCUGGAAAAUUAUUAUCCAUGCUUGUAAACAAAUUGUUGUGUGAAAAAUGUAAUAGUUUGAGGCAUUACCUUGUCUUGUCUACUUUUUCCACCUUGUUUGAUUGCUAUAUGUUGUAUUAGGUUCAUAGCUAUGUCCCCAAAAGUUGAUUGGUUGUGUACCCAUAACUUGGUUUACUUUCUUUUCAUUUGCAUGCCUUCCUUUUUUAAACUCA